AUGUCACGAGGCUUCUCCGUUCACUUCCUCAAAAGCACGCCCUCCUCUACCCAUCCAUACAGCUCGUCCAGAAAAUCUGACAGCCCCCAGGACCGUUCAAAUGGGUCGACCUGGACGAAGCAGAGCGGGUACUCAUCGCGCCCAGAAUUCGAGAGGAAACCUUCCACCACAUCUACGUCCGCCUACCGCAUUACCGAGCCGGUCGUUUAUGAACUACCAUUGGAGCCCAAACGAUCCAAGACUCCAAAGAGCUACGGGAUAUACCCAAGUGCCAGUAACGACACGUAUAUUUAUGAACGCUCGCUCUCCUCCGCGUCUGACGCACUAGCCAGCUCGUCGUCGUCAUCCAGCUCAGAUGCUGAUCUGCAGGCCGAAGGUGUAGUGCCUGCACCCAUCGACGUUUCAUCCACCCGUGCCAGCUCCAGCACGGAGACUCUAGAGACAACAGCGCUCAGAGUCGCAUACCCCACGCCUCAAAGUCGCCCUGUCCUCCCUCGGUCGACGUCUUCUUCCGAAUGGGCACGCAUCACCCCGGACGGUUCACGAGUAUACCCUCCGGGACUCCCCUCCAGGUCGGAGAACGCCUCGUUGCGCGCAGGCGUCCCCACGAGUAUGGCGUUGCUGCCACGCCCUAGCACCGUGCGACCUAUUUAUGACGACGACGACGAUGACACCCUCGCAGAAGACGAGAUCGACAGGCCGCCUCCGAUGACACGGAGGUCGUCGAGCUCAGGUGCGAGGGACGAGAGCCUGCGGGACGCACGACCGACAGGCUUUGCAGGACCCACAGUGAGGUAUUCCGACGAACGAUCGGGUGCCCAGCAGGUCCGCGCCAGGAAGAAUUCUGACGAUUAUAGAUACCCACUCCCACUCCAAUACGGCACACCUUCCCAAUACCGCCCUGACAACGCAUUAAACUCGCGUGCCCCGUCUGGAACGUCCCCUCCUACCUCUAAGAUGGUAGACGGACGUGGUCCACUCGGAGCUUCCGGACCACCCAACUUCGCGUCCUCCAGCACCCUGCCUGACGGUCGCCGCGUGGUCCAGGCGGUCCCUUUAACAAGGACUAUCAGCGGCAGCCGGCCUGUCGACAUCCCGUCCUCUACCAUGGGCGCACUAGCACGCACUGGCGCAACCAAGCCCAAGAGGUCCCCGCCCCAAUCGCCCACAGAGCCGCUGACACGGACGCCGUCGUCUCGCGCAGACACCGGGGGGCCGCUGACGAGAUCUAACAGCACUACUUCUCCGGAGAUGCUCAUGGUUUCUACACGACGCUGUGUGCGGUGGACAGAGGACCUGAUGUGCCCGUGUCCGGUUCCUCGCAGCGAGCGUCGGAGAGGGUGGUUCAAUCGCCGCGGGGACCAGCUUUGGACCAACGACGGCAAGUACAAGCAACCAGAGCCGGGCACCGAAUACCCUGGGGACCUCAUCGGAUACCCGGAACCCAUGACCGGCUGGAUGAACGAGGAAGGGGUGCGCAUCGAUAUGGAGCAUCGUCUCAUUCCGAAGCCGCCCAUCCGUUCUGCGCUGAAGCGGCCAAAGGGCGCGCUGGGCACGCAGUAG